AACUCUGGAUGGAUCACCACUUGCGUGCUGACUACUUCAAUCCGCGCGCUGGAAGGAUCACCACCCUCAACAGCCAGAAGCUCCCCAUUCUAAGAUUCGUCCAAAUGAGUGCUGUAAGGGGACUCCUCCGCCCGAAUGCCAUCAGAUCACCGCACUGGAAUGUCAACGCUCACAGCAUCGUGUACGCCUUGAGGGGAUGCAGUCGGGUGCAAGUGGUGGGACAUCGUGGUCAGACCGUAUUCGUUGGAGAGCUCCGUCAGGGUCAACUACUAGUCGUUCCACAGUACUUUGCUAUGAUGUUCCAAGCGCAACGCGAGAGCUUCGAAUGGGUCUCCAUCAAGACCAACGACAAUGCCAUGGUCAACCAUUUGGUGGGGAAGACAUCGGCUUUCCGUGGCAUGCCGGUGGAGGUGCUGAUGAACUCGUAUUGCAUCUCUAGAGAGGAGGCCAUGCGGCUAAAGUUUAACCGUGGAAAUGAAUUGGCCCUCUUCACUUCUAAGAUCGAGAGGGAAGCGAUCAGAACUUCGGCGUAACGUAAUGGAGAGUGUGGCUAGAGGCGAAUAAAGCUGGGGUUUUAUGGAUAGAAACCUUGGAGCAUGACUGGUUUGAAGUGAAUAAAAGUUGUGGGCAACAAGAUGUUUGUAGCAUCAGCUCUCAACUCAAAUAAAUUAGGUUCCAUGUUUGGAGCUUUCUUC